AAACCGUGGGGGCGGGACUAUGGAGAAGUGCAGUCAAUCUAUGUUGAUACAGAUCUAAAAAAACUGGACUAACAGAGUGUCUGCUUACGUUUCUCUUCGCAUGGACUAAUUUUGGUUUUAUACGGAGCAAAAGUUUUUCAGCGUGGGGAAAAAUUGUUAAAAGGCCCUUCAACUCCACUGGCUCGGGGGGAAAAAAAUUGGCGACCUGGCUCCAACAUUUGGGGCUCCCUCUGCUACUGCACAAAGUGAAGGUUGAUAUGCCACAUCAGUGAUGGAGCCCAUGACGGUGACGACGUCGGUGGUCGGACCGGAGGAGUUCGACCGCAACGCUCCGCGGAUCUGUGGCGUGUGCGGCGACAAGGCCACUGGCUUCCACUUCAACGCCAUGACGUGCGAGGGCUGCAAGGGGUUUUUCAGGCGCAGUAUGAAGCGUAAAGCCUCCUUCACCUGUCCGUUCAACGGGAGCUGCACCAUCACCAAGGACAACCGGCGUCACUGCCAGGCCUGUCGCCUCAAACGCUGCAUUGACAUUGGCAUGAUGAAAGAGUUCAUCCUGACAGACGAGGAGGUUCAGAGGAAGAAGGACAUGAUAAUGAAGAGGAAAGAGGAGGAGGCAGCCCGGGAGGCCAUGAGGCCACGUCUGAACGAGGAGCAGGCCAGGAUCAUCUCCUCCCUGGUGGAAGCUCACCACAAGACCUACGAUGCCUCCUAUUCUGACUUCUCCCGCUUCAGGCCUCCAGUGCGUGAAGGCCCAGUAACACGCAGCGCCAGCAGAGCCGCCUCCCUUCACUCUCUGUCUGAUGCCUCCUCUGACUCAUUCAACCACUCACCUGAGUCGGUGGACACCAAAAUGAACUUCAGCAGCCUGUUAAUGAUGUACCAAGAUGGCGCUAGCAGUCCAGACUCCAGUGAGGAGGACACAAAGCUUUCCAUGCUGCCCCACCUGGCUGACCUGGUCUCCUACAGCAUCCAGAAAGUCAUAGGCUUCGCCAAGAUGAUCCCAGGCUUCAGAGAGCUGACAGCAGAAGACCAGAUCGCUCUGUUGAAGUCGAGUGCCAUUGAGAUCAUCAUGCUGCGUUCAAACCAGUCGUUCAGUCUGGAGGACAUGUCCUGGAGCUGCGGAGGACCCGACUUUAAAUACUGCAUCAAUGAUGUUACAAAGGCGGGUCACACUCUUGAGCUGCUGGAGCCGCUGGUGAAGUUCCAGGUUGGACUGAAGAAACUCAACCUGCACGAGGAGGAACACGUGCUGCUCAUGGCCAUCUGCCUGCUCUCCCCAGAUCGUCCCGGUGUCCAGGACCACAGGCGCAUCGAGCAGCUCCAGGACCAUCUGUCGGAGACACUGCAGGCCUACAUCCGGGUCAACCACCCAGGCGGACGCCUCCUCUACGCCAAGAUGAUCCAGAAGCUGGCCGACCUGCGCAGUCUGAACGAGGAGCACUCCAAGCAGUACCGCUCGCUCUCCUUCCAGCCCGAGCACAGCAUGCAGCUCACCCCGCUCGUGCUGGAGGUGUUUGGCAGUGAGGUGUCAUAGCAGAGGAGGAAGGGGACACACUCACAUACAUAGACACACUCAUCACACCAAGGAUGACUAACCAACCCUUACCGCCUUUUCCCCAAGAAAACCCGAGCCCUGAUAUACCUGGACACGUGGGAGAAAGAUGGAUAAUAAGUUAGGUAGACAGUAACCAUCAUCACCUGCCCAUUCUCCUCCUCCUCCGGACCUCAAGCAGCAAAACUCAGAUGCCUGGACCUCUGGAUUUAUCGAUUUUAAGACACCUGAACAUGCUGCGGCACCUGGAUAACCAGAUUAUAUUUUGACUUCUGGAUUCUCAAACCCAGUACAGCAUUAAAUGUCAUUACAUCAGGUAGAGUCCUGACUCGUAGACAUAUGUAAAAGACAGACAUCCCAAUUCUCUUCACGUCCACAAACUCCAAAAAAAUCGCCUUUUCUCAUCACCACCUUUCCCCCAGACAUCACUGACUGUCGCAUCCCUUUUUAGCAUCAUCCUCAUAACAUUGUUCCAUGUUCACAUCAGCGCGAUGACGGGACAGGAAUAGAUACACAGAUUUACAUCCUAUUAACCAUGCCAGCACUUGUGAGGUACAGAUAAAUUGCUAGCAAUGUUACUACACUAGUGUUAGAUAGCUAUGAACUAUUGUUGAGUUACAGUUUGUUGACAGCAAAUAUAUUAAACAUCAGCAUGGUCAGCCAUGGGCAAGCUUAAUGUAAUGUACUGGAUAUACUUAGUUUACUAGUUUAAUACUUGGUUAAGAUGGAGUCUAGCAGGUGCGUUUUCCUGCUCAGCCCUGUGUAUCUGUGUAUGUGCAAAGAGAGGUCUCAGCUGAAGUGAAGACAGGAAGUUCAAAUAGGAAUGUUUCAGUAUGGGAACGGUGGGAAGAAAUGCGAGAUGUGGAGGAAUGAGUAAAGGAGGUUGGAUAGAUGGAGGGAGAUGCUACAGUUGGAAUUCCCUGUUCACAAGACAAAAGGGAAUUUCACAAAACAAGAAUGUAUGUAUAAUGCUAUAUAAAUAUAAAUGAUACGUAUAAGCUGAUAUAUAUAAAUAUAUAUAUUUAAGGGAGUGAAACAUGGUUGCUUCCAUGGAAGCAAAUGGUUCUGAGUGUUGUUUAAUGUAGAGGAUUGGAAGGCGCCUCCUCAGUUGUGUGUGUGUAUGUGUCAUCUUUCAAAAAUGACAAAUGUACACACACACACACACAAACAUAAGAAAGCACUGAGAAGUGUGUGAGGAGUCCUUCUAUUUUUUUGAUGUGUGUACAGAAUAUGAGAAUACUGAUGGACCACAAGGGGGUGCGUGUACAGGCUCUGACUUGGGGGUUCAGUGCUGGGAAGCACUUCACUUCUCCGUUGGAUUUCGUCGUUUUUGGACCUGUGAAGUUUGUAGACUGACAUACGCAAACACAACGUCAUGUUUCAUGGAUAGUUAUCCAAAAACAAUUUUUUCGGCUGGUUAGAUUGCUGCUAAGACAGUUAGAGCUAGAUAGUUGGACAGAAACCAACUACCGGCUGUUGCCUCAGGGAAAAGUUUGUCUGAUGAUAUUGUGUACUUGGUGUUUAUGGUGUGUGUGGCGUAAGCUUACAAUCAUAAGACAGAGAUUGUUUUUGAAGCUCUAGGCAUCACUGUGAUUUCUAAUCAUAUUAAAUAACAGCGUAAGUAAGCUAAAAGUGAAACUUUUUCAAAUACUACAAGAUUUUUUUCAUUCCUAAGCUUAUCUGUUCAAUUAAAUACUCCUCAUGGUAUGGUUGCAUGAUUGUACAAUCCAUUGGAGAUCAUUGUUAAAGUUGACAUACCAAUUGAAUGGCUACAUUUUAAAAUACAGAGUCAUCUGUGUUAACAUCAAGCGAUUAAUAUCAGGUUUAACUUUAGUUUGGCUUUUUCAGGGCAAAGUGAAUAUUCUACAGAGGGUAGCAAUGUACAGUAGAUAGACAAGUACGAUUUUUUGGAAUAAUAUCCCUAAGAUGCUCUUGACAGCAGAGCAGACCUAUAAAACACGAGAAAGAACCUUUUUUUAUAUUAAAUAUAAAAUCAAGCCUCAUACCUUUUUGUCACAUUUAUAUCAUUUCAACACCAGCCACAUAAGCGAGGUUUAGGAUUUUACUUUAGGACAUCACUACAUAUCAUAUCACGUUUUUGUCGACACAGUGCAUGCUCACCCCUCAUGCAGGCCUGCAUCACCCCCUUGUGGACAAACUUUGUAAAUACCACUUGCUAAGUCUGUACAUAGUUAGACAUUAAUGUAGGCAAAAUACUAAGAGAAUUCAAUUGUUGAUGGCAAGAUGCUCUGGAGAUACAGCACUAUAUGCAAUUAGGAGAUGGAUUCUUGUGUUGUAUUCAACUAGAAUGGACAGAGGUGGCAGUUACAGAGUUACAGAGUUGUUUCAGGUGCAGUGAAGAAGGCUGCUGGAUUUGGGUUUAACCAGCAUGGCCAAUAAUUCAGCAAAAUCAAAAGUUAUCAAUUUCAUAACAACAAAAUAGGACAGACCAACACACCUGGAAGAACAUUCUGAAAGAACGUUCAUAUUAUCCUACCAAAUUGGCCAAUAAAGUCCCCAACAAAAGGGCCAGCAAUGGUCCAGCCCUGCUGUGGAUGACGCUCUUAUUAGUGUAAUGAUGGGACUCGGAAAUCUGGUGUGUUUUUUAUAAUUGCAAAGGCGUCAUGUGACUGAACAUUCCCAGUGGUGGUCGUGUUGAGCAUUCCAACCGGCCGAGUCUCGUGCACCAUCUACACUUAAAGCGUGAGUGUGAGCAUGGUUGACUCUCCGACAGCCUUCUAAAGGCACCCAGCAACUCGGUAUCAGCAGCAAGUGUCCUCUCUGUCCAUUCCAAGCUUAUGGAUGUACAUCUUUUCUCAAUCUCUCUCUUUCUAAAGUCUAUCGAUAAGCUUUUGACAAUUAUACAGUAUAUCCAUAAUGUUUUCAUUUUGGUGAAAAUUUUCUUUUCUUUUUUUUUUUGUUCUUUUCAAGAUUGUCAAUUUUAAUGCGUGUCAGAGUUUGCUGUCUAGCUAGCGCUUUGCUUGCUGCGCUGGGACGUUGUUUUACUGAAGCAGAGAUGAGCGUGAGUGGACUCCUGGAGCCUUUACCAAGUGCAAAUGAACCAGCUCACCUUCCCUUGUUCACUUCAUUUCGAGGGAGUGAAUACAGAACAGCCCCUUUCAACCAGUGAUGUGGCUUCACUCUCUUGUUUGGACAAGGAGGGGGGGUCACUGGCCCCGUUCUCCUUACUUUUUCUAAUGGAAUGAAGAAAGACUUGUCAUUGCAGCCGUUUUACACCUGGAGCUGUGACCUGAGGGAAAGGAACUCGUGGAGCUAAAUCUUUUCUUUGUCAAUGGAAAGGCAGUCUGCAGCUCUAUAUUUAAAAAAAAAAAAAAUGAAAAGGAGAAAAAAUAGCUACAUUUACUUUUCCAGUCGCACGAUGUCAAACACAAUCAAGUGAUCAUGAACUAACACUGCCUCAACUGACUGACACAGGAUUUAGCCAAUGGCAAGGAGUCGCAGCGACAGCAUGGACGUGCCUCUUCAUUCAUCACUCCAACCAUCUAACCGCCUCUUCUUCUGCAAUAGCCAGUUACAGCAGGAUUAUUCUUCAUAGCUUUAACUCAGCAGCCAGUCAAGGCUCUGCUUUCGGGAAAAAAAACAACAAAAAAACUGGUGCACCAAGGGCUGAUGGGAGUCGGGAGAUUUAGUGGAACAGCUAAUGUGGAAUUGGGACGUGUCACUUUACUGUGAAAUAGACACUGCAGAAAUGGCUCCUUUGUCCUGUUUGACGCAGACAACGUUCGGAUUGGACCUCCAGAAGACUGUGUAGAAUCUGUAUAGAAGAUCUUAGGAGAUAAAGUAUUUUUUAAAAUGAGAUAUGUAGUGAUGUGCUGUACAGGCAGAGUGUGCAGUGACUGACGAGAUGUCGCCUCCUAAACCCAAAGUGUGACAUUACCUUUCUCACUACUCUGUGUGUGUCGCAUCACAGCUCUUGAUAUUCAGAUUUUUAAAAGAUCAUUUGUUUAAGAAUAGUGAAAUGACAUACAAAACAUACAAAAAGUGGACUUUUUACAUUCAACACCAACAUCUACAUCAUUCGUUUCUUAAUGGACAGGGGGGAUGGGGGUGAGGGUCUGCUCAGCUUUAAGGGUUCCGAGAGCGAAACGUUGGUCGUACACGGAGAACAUAAUGCAUGCAAGACAGACCUUGAUCAGGAUCUGCACGCCGUUCGUUGGCAUGAGCAUGAUGCGAGAGGUCGUCGGCGCUCAAACCCAAACAAGGCAGCAGCCUCUCCCCUCUCACCCGCUCGUCCCCUCAACCCAGGUCAGCAGCUCCACCUCAGUAGCCUUACGUACAGAAACCUCACUCAGCUGGAAAACAUUUAACAGAUACCUCAAUGAUUUACAGGAUGACCUUUCACAAUAGCCUUUAAGGGAACCAAACAUAAACUCACACAGACACACACUCACACAGACAACGCCACAACUCUCUCCUCAGCAACCUUUGCAGUGUUUUUACAUUUUUAGACGUACAGUAAACUAGUUGCCAGUUGUAUAAAGAAGAAGGUUGUCCAGUAGAAUCCUUUUUGCCAGUAGACCAGUCAAUAUGAGCGGAUCCCAAUGUUUCUAAAUGUUAACUGUCAACUCUGUUUUUCCUGCUUUACUCACUUGAUCCUCAUCUCUGCCUCAUUCUGUAUUUUCUGUCUUUGUUGUCUCUACAAAAAGAUGACGUGCCGCUAAGCUUUGGCGCUGCGUUUAACCAAACAUACUACCUCUCCCUUCCGCACAUAUAUAUAAAAAUAUAUAUAUAUUUUUUUUUUUUUGUUGUUGUUGUUGCAGCAUGAUUGUGUUUAUGAUAAAGCAUCCAUUCUUAUUUUAACAAUAAUGUAGAAGGUUUUUUUUGUGUAUAUGUACAGUAUAUUCCUCUUUAGCUCGUUUCUCUUUUCAAAUGCUGGAUGAUUUUUACCUCAAAUCUCAAUAUAAGCCUACAAAUCUUAAAGUCCGUAAAUCGGAGGCCUCUUUAGUGUGUAAAUGCAUGUUACAAUUAUUGUAACAAACACGCAUUUAGGUAAGGCUACAUUCAUAUAGCAGCUGAAAGUGCCCAUAUUCUUUUUUACUCUUUCAUAUGUGACACAGAUGAACAUUGAACAUCUAAUAUGUUAAAUUUCCCUCGGGACAACUUGGAUCUGUGGAGUUUUAGCAUGGCUAAGUUAGAUUUACCAUUCAGGACAGUUGGAAACAACAGAAAGAAAGAGCCAGGCUAGCUGUUUUCCCCUGAUUCCAGUCUUUAUGCUAAGCUAAGCUAACCGCCUCCUGGCUGUAGCUUCAUAAUCGGCAUACAAAUAUGACAGUGGUAUCUUUUUUUCUUAGGUAAUUCUCAGCAAAAAAGCAUAUUUUCCAAAAUCUGAACUUUUCUUUCAAUUAGCAAAGCCAUAAAAAAAAACUGCCCUCAUUAAGCAGGCUAAUUUAGAGAAUCUUAGAAUACAAAUCUCAGAUAUGAUGAGCAGUUUGAGCCUGACAGCCUGCUGUGUGAAUGUAGCAUAAAACCACGGAGGCGAUGAGUGGAUGUGCUCAUCAGUGCACCAAGAGACUUGGCUCCUGCUCGAAUUAAGCAAAGCCUUGGAAAUACUCUGAUGCUACUAACCUACCAGGUGUUGACCUGAUUUUGGCCAGAAGACUUGUUGUGUUUGUCCGAUGGGACUCCACAGAGCUGCCAGUUGUUCUCGAUCAGGCUUGUGCGAAAGGCUUUCAGCUCCACACAGCUAAUCAAAGACAAGGGAUGGAGGUCUCGGGAAUUGAUUCAUACCGCCUCAGAUAAACGGGAGAGCGGCAGUUAGAUAACCGCUCUGUCCUAAAAUGUAAAAAGUAGUGGCCUGAACCUAACACCCAACACAUUGGUGUCCCUCCGUCUGCUUCGCUUUGGUAUUGCAGGUUUCCUCUGUGUUUGUCUCUAGCUGUAGCUUUCCUCAAACGUCUGAUAAGGGUUUGUUACAUUGGGAUCCCUUUUUAGAUACUCUAGAUACAAACAGUGUGUGUGUUUGUUGGGGUUUUUUUUUCUACUCUGCAGCCAGCCAGGCCUCACACACCCGCUCCAGCCCGACCUCAACACUCUGCCUUUCUUCUAAAUGUUUUAACGCUGUUUUACUGCUAUCUCUGGUUAUCUGCUGCUUUCACAUCCGCUUUUUAGAAAAAUAAGGCCUUCAAAAAGAUAUGCUGUGAAUGACACACCAAGCCUUUAGUAAUCACUCUUGUAUUAUAUCGACUAAUGAAUCACGUCUCGGCUCACAGCAUGUGGAAGUUAACGCUCUCCUAGGUUUUCUUUCUUACUACCAGCUGCUGUUGAUGGAAAGCUUUGGGCAGAUAUGGAAAUUCUGAGAUUGACUGCAAUCGUUUUAUUGCAUCAGCACGAUAUCUGUUUCAUAGCCUUUUGGGAAAAGGAUGAAAUUGUAAUAGAUUUUAAGUUUCACUUGGAAAGGGUGACACCCAAUUAGUCUACUGACUGAUAGCAAAAAAUAAAGCCAUUUGAAACGUAUUAGGAAGCUUCUUUGUUGAUUAAAUGUUUACACUUAAAUUAACUGCAUCCUGAAAAAUUAAAUGAAAAUCAACGGACUGGACAUUGAACUUUAGCUGUUUUUCAACAGAUUCUUGAAUAGAUCUCCAUUCGGAGGGGUCUCGGUUAAGGUCUGUGGCUCGCAAUGAAAUAUCAUUGCCAAGGAGAGAGAGUCGUCUUUUCUACUGUCGUAACAGACGGAUGGUUGUCAAUCGAGACGGAUUGUCAUCUGUUGCUCUGAUUGCAUUUCUCUGCUACCUCUUUAAAUAUGCGCUUCCUCACACACAUGCGCUUAAACAACCGCACUCACAGGCAAACAUACACUCAUACCGACAAAAAAAAAAAGACAACGAACACAGCACACACAGCAGACACACAGACACACACACACACACACGCACACUAGUGUGCACUUGUUUCUCCCUCACCAGCAGUUUUUGCCAAUGAUGCACUUGUGUAUUUGUCUCUAAAUGCUCAGCAAAACGUGUGACGUCUGAAAAUGAUUUGUUGUCAUCAUCUUUGUUUUUCUUCUUUUUAAAAAAAAAAGACUAAUCUCGAUAGUGAACGCCUGGGCUAGCGAGGUGCUUAGAAAUAAAUUGAAUAUGAAUUAAUCCAGUACAUAUAGAAAGUUUCAUGUCUUUUAAAA